GGAAUCUGGAGCGCGAAAACGGGGCCCGGGAACCUGGGUGGGAAGAGCAGCCGGCAGGUUGGGGAAAGGCGGGCCGGAGGGUGGCACUGAGACAAGCCGGGGGCCGGGUUGGGAGAGGGUCAAAAAAGGUACAUCGACUUUCAUAAGGAACCGGGAGGGUUUCGGGUGCUAAAGCCAGCAGGUUUGAGCAUGCUUGGUGGGUUUAGUUGCAUUUAAUUCUGUGCAGGAUUGCAGCAGAUGGAGGGGGUGACAUAAUCCGGUUUUUUGACCGUGCAACUUGCAGCGUGCGCCAAAAGCGCUGCGUGCAGCAGAUCAAGGCCUGGUUCCAGCACCUCUAAUGCAACCUGGUUUGGGGUGCUGUUUUAUUCUUAUGCUUGCAAGGAAUUCAGGCCAGGGCUUUUGUUCUUGCAUUUGGACUUUCUAUACCCCCCUAGCAAAAAGUUAUCCCCUGAACGGUCAUUUUGGACUCACAGCUGUCCAUGGAGGCGCAGGUUAAUUCUGUGUCCAGGGCGGCUGUCUACCAGCUCCAUCUGGUACGCAGGCUGAGACCCUACCUGCCCACAGACUGUCUCGCCAGAGUGGUGCAUGCUCUGGUUAUCUCCCGCUUGGACUACUGCAAUGCGCUCUACGUGGGGCUACCUUUGAAGGUGACCCGGAAACUACAACUAAUCCAGAAUGUGGCAGCUAGACUGGUGACUGGGAGCGGCCGCCCAGACCAUAUAACACUGGUCUUGAAAGAACUACACUGGCUCCCAGUACGUUUCUGAGCACAAUUCAAAGUGUUGGUGCUGACCUUUAAAGCCCUAAACGGCCUCGGUCCAGUAUACCUGAAGGAGUGUCUCCACCUCCAUUGUUCUACCUGGACACUGAGGUCCAGCGCCGAGGGCCUUCUGGCGGUUCCCUCCCUGUGAGAAUUAAGGUUACAGGGAACCAGGCAGAGGGCCUUCUCGGUAGUGGCACCCGCCCUGUGGAACGCCCUCCCACCAGAUGUCAAAGAGAAAAAUAACUACCAAACUUUUAGAAGACAUCUGAAGGCAGCCCUGUUUAGGGAAGCUUUUAAUGUUUAAUAGGUUAUUGUAUUUUAGUGUUUUUUUGGAAACCGCCCAAUAAAAUUAUUAUUAUUAUUAUUAUUAUUAUUAUUAUGUACAGAAGGCUGCCUCACACCAGAUUAGUCCGUAUCUUCCAGUACUGGCUACACUGAGUGGCAUCAACUUUCUUAGUAGCUCAGGCAGUCUUUCCUGUCGCCUGGGAUACCUGGUCCUGUUAACUGGGAGAUGGCCAGGAGUGAACCUGGAACCUUCUGUGUGCAUAUGCUCUUCCCCUAAACUAUGUCCAGCCCCAUAACCUCACAUGCGCAUCCUCUCCACAUGAGCCAUUCUGCAAUUGCUCAAGGCUGACCUCAGGGCGCAUUAGCCUGGCCGGCACCAGAGUAAUACAUUAAAAGAAAAGGCGAUUUUAAAAGUUUCUUAAGCGAAUGUGUUCUCUCUGUGGGAAGGUUUUAAGAUAUCACACAAUAGAGCUAUUUGUGCUGCUGGAAGUUAAAAACUUUAAAGCUGCAAUCCAUUACACAGACUUAAGUAAAGGUAAAGGUACCCCUGCCCGUACGGGCCAGUCGUGUCCAACUCUAGGGUUGUGCGCUCAUCUCACUUAAGAGGCCGUGAGCCAGCGCUGUCCAAAGACACUUCCGGGUCACGUGGCCAGCGUGACGAAGCUGCUCUGGCGAGCCAGCACCAGCGCAGCACACGGAAACGCCUUUUACCUUCCCGCUAUAAAGCGGUACCUAUUUAUCUACUUGCACUUAGGGGUGCUUUCAAACUGCUAGGUGGGCAGGAGCUGGGACCGAAAUACCCCGCCGCGGGGAGCUCACCCCGCCGCGGGGAUUCGAACCGCCGACCAUACGAUCGGCAAGUCCUAGGCACUGAGGUUUUACCCACAGCGCCACCCGCGUCCCCGGACAUACCUUACACAGACUUACCUUGGAAUAAAUCCAGUUUGAGUAAAUAUGCAUAAAGUGACAUUGCGAGCUGCCUUCCUGCGUGUGAUUUCCUGGGAGAAAGCUUCCAUAUAACGUAAGCAGGUUAAAAUGGCUGGACUAGGGGUGUUUCAGUAGGCAAUCUUGUUCCCAUCACAGUAUCUCAACCUGACCUACCUAGCAUUCAUUUUUAUUCCAUCCUUCUGGUGCAUCAGUCAAGAGUGCCAUACAACAAUUUAGAAUAAAUACAUUGAAAUACAAAGAAUUCAGCAAUACAAAUAAAUAAGUUUUGAACAGGUGUGUGUAGGAACACAGCAUUUUUAAAAAUAAAAUAGACUGUUUAAAAGCAAUGGCAGAGAUCAUAGGUAAAAAUGAACUUAGCAAGCAAAAUCCUGGUGGAAUGCAACCACAGAGGGGGUCAUCCAUGUUUCAUAGAUAUUUCACAGUAUUGGUGCAGUCACUGAAAAGGCCUCAUCUCAUCUCAUUCUCCUCCCUGCACAUCCGCCAUUUAACUUAUAGCAAUCUGUAGAUGAUUUAAAACCUGACAUUUUGGCGACUCUCAUGCAUGAACAUGUGCACUAUUAUUUUGUAACUCCAGCUGGCAAUAACAAGGUCUGUGAUGGAUAAAUAAAGGUACCUUAUGUUCCACUUGUUAAUUUUUUUAGUCUUGGCUGCUUGACUUGCCAUCCUUCAGUGCUGAGCUCCAUCCCUAUGGACUCCAGAAGUUAAAUCUUGGAGCAGGGAGCAGAUGUAUCUUGACCAGUGUCAAUGAGCAUGGAUGCUAAAGCAGUGUGCAGUGCAUGGUCUGCGAGCUCACACAUUGCCACUACUCCUGGUAUGCCCCGCAGCGGACCUUAAGGUCCAUAAAUAACAACACUUUGGAGGUCCCAAGCCUCAAGGAGGUUAGAUUGGUUUCAACUAGGGCCAGGGCCUUUUCAGCACUGGCCCCAACAUGGUGGAAUGCCCUGUCACAAGAAGCUAGGGCCCUGCGGGACUUGACAGGGCCUGCAAGAGGGAGCUGUUCUGCCUGGCCUUUGGCUUAGACUCACUCUUACCCCUUAUAUGGGAUUUGGUAUAUAAAUUUUCCCUUGGCUUUUUUGCUGACCCAUAUAGGACCAGCAUGGAUAGCUGGCUCAGGUGAAUAUCUGAUGUUUCCUCCUUUUAUAAUCUUGAUUUAUGGGCUACUACUAAAAUGAGGCUGCAUUUUAAGAUGUAUUUUAAGCUGUAUUUUAAUUAACUGUUUGUUUGUUGUGUGUGUUUUUUCUUCUCUAUUUCGUUUUAUUGUAAUUUGUAUUUGGUGUUAGCCGCCCUGAGUCCGGCCCAGGCCGGGGAGAGCAGGGUAUAAAUAAAAACUUAUUUAUUUAUUUACUGCUGAAGCUUCUUUUGAGCUGUGGGAUAAUAAUGUUUUUCCAGUGCAGGGUUCACCAAGGUCAGUGGGCACAAUUACAUUUUUCAGCAAGUGCUGUGGACACCAAACCUUCUUUUUCUGCUCUGGAUACUCCUCUCCCCCCCCCCCACCCAAGAGACAGAAAUAGAGAAAGUGAAUGAACACAUAUUCCACUUUUCUGUACGUUCUGGAUAAAUGUCAGAGCUAGUUGAAUUAAUCAGCCUUGGAAAAGCACAUAGAGCUGAAAGAGGAAAUGAGAAAGAGCAUCACUCUUCCAACUUUCUCCUUCAACUCUAUGUGACUUCCAAGGGAGGAUACAGUAACCGCCCUCCCUACGUCAUGAACAAGUGGGCAGUGCACGGGGAGGCUCAGAGGCUCAAUGGGUACCAGGAUGCCUGCCAUGUUGGUGAACCCUGUUCAACCAUUUCAUUGUUUCCAGUAACUUGCAAACAAUAACCUUGGCAACAAAUAAAAUUUCUGUUGCCAUUUCCACGGUACUUAUUAAUUGUUUUGUUCAAUUUGGUGUCUUUUAACAGUUCCAGGAGGCACCACUGUCCUGGUGGAGCUCACACCAGAUAUUCACAUUUGUGGCCUGUGCAAGCAGCAGUUCAAUAACCUAGAUGCGUUCGUCGCUCACAAGAGAAGCGGCUGCCAGUUGUCCGGCACGACAGCGGAGACCACCAGCACAGUACAGUUUGUAGCAGAAGAAACCGUGCCAGCGACCCAGACCCAAACCACAACCAGGACCAUCACUUCAGAAACCCAAACGAUCACAGGUAUUUAUCCAGGAAGUUUGGGUAGUGGCAUCUUCGUGGCAAAACUAAGCCCUAGCAUUGUAUGCUUCAGUAGCAGGGGUACCCUGGGCAAAGGAAACACUAAAGCAUGGGUAGGCAAACUAAGGCCGGGGGGCCGAAUCCGGCCCAAUCGCCAUCUAAAUCUGGCCUGCGGUCGGUCCGGGAAUCAGCAUGUUUUUACAUGAGUAGAAUGUGUCCUUUUAUUUAAAAUGCAUCUCUGGGUUAUUAGUGAGGCCUGCCUGGUGUCUUUACAUGAGUAGAAUGUGUGCUUUUAUUUAAAAUGCAUCUCUGGGUUAUUUGGGGGCAUAGGAAUUCAUUCAUAUAUAUUUUUUAUUUUUUUCAAAAUAUAGUCCGGCCCCCCACAAGGCCUGAGGGACAGUGGACAGGCCCUCUGCUGAAAAAGUUUGCUGACCCCCGGACCCAACUGUUCCAUUGUUAUACUACUUGAUGGAACUUUGGCCUGAUUUUGUAUGUCAGUCUUUAGUUACAUUCCAAUGCCAUGAUGCCGACAGGAAAAGUUGCUGGAAAAGUUUGCUGACCCCUGCACUAAAGCUUUGUCCCACUGGCAAAGAAAAGAAAUGUCUUUGCUUAAGGUCAUGGAGAGCUGCUGCCAGUCCGAGCUGAGAACAUUGGCUUAGAUUGGUCAUUGGUAUGGCUCAAUGUAUGCCACUUGGGGGAAAGUGCCUUAGUGGUAGAGCACAUGCCUUCUGUGCAGAAUUUCCCUGGCAUCUCCAGUUCAAAAGUUCAGAUAGCAAGUACUGGAAAAGUCCUUUCUGCCUGACCCUGGCAUUCAGUCACUGCCAGUCAAAACAGGAAAUGCUGGGCAAGAUGGAAGAAGAAUCUUAGCUGGUAUAAGACAGGUCCCUAAGCUCACUUCCUUGUUCAUUCUUGUACGCAGCCGCUUACUUUGCCACCUGUGGCAAAUAAAAAUCACCUCCAGGUGACCAGGCAGAAAAGUAUUGCAAAAGUUGGCUCUUUUCUUCUUCUUGCCUGUAAAUGAUUUGGGAAGAGGGGUAGCUUAACAACUCUCAGCGCCAUUCACAAAAUACACCUCCAAGGAUUCUGUGCAGGGAGCCACAGCUGUUCAAAUUCAUAGUGCAUAUGGGAGCUUAGUCUCAUAGCUAACUUAAAAGUUUCCUUCCUGACCAGCUUUGAUUAGUGAACCUUGUGGCGUUUCUUUCACUGACAAGGAAGCAGUUAAGAAAAAGAAAAGAAGAUUGCAUUAUAGUCUCAAGAUUGGGAGUAAUUUUAUGUUCUUCUUAUAUUGAGGGUUCGCAGAAGCUGUGUGGUUUUGCAGUGCUCUGAUGUUAAAACAAGUCUUUUUUUCCUGGUUGCUUUUGAGUUUCUGCGCCAGAGUUUGUUUUUGAGCAUGGCUACCAAACCUACCUACCUGGUGAGAGCAGUGAGCCUCAGCCUGCCGCCGUUGUCACCACUACACCGAAACCUCGCGCCAGAAAGUCCGCCACAUCAGGGGCGCAAAAGAAACUUAACUGCUGCUAUCCAGGUAAAGUAUAUGCUUGUGUUUAGACCAGGCAUGGGCAAACUUGGCCCUCCAGAUGUUUUGGGACUACAAUUCCCAUCAUCCCUGACCACUGGUCCUGUUAGCUAGGGAUCAUGGUUGUAGGCCGAAAACAUCUGGAGGGCCAAGUUUGCCUAUUCCUGGUUUAGACAGUGUGGCAGUAUUGGGACCAUAGAAGUGACUGCUUCUGCGGUUUAGAUCCCCUGGCUGUUGCUGGUUCACGGAUCCCACCAUUCUAUUCUGUUGCUUUAGGGUAGGAAAGUUCAAAAUCUCCUUCUUUGCAGGUGGAAAAAAACAGUGGAAAUUGCUAUAAACCUCAUAGCGGUUGAGGAGGAUGGGUUAUUUAUUUAUUUAUUUAUUUGCUGUGUUUACACCCCAUGUUUUUCUCCAAGGAGUUCAACUGCCCUGAGACCUGUGGUUAUAGGGCAGGUAUAUAAAUUCAAUAAAUAAAUAAAGUGGGUAAACAUUGUUAUUCCCCCUCCUAUUCAAUCAAUCCUUUGUACAGUGGUACCUCGGGAUGUGAACGGGAUCUGUUCCGGAGCCCUGUUUGCACCCUGAAUAGAACAUAAGAUGCAUGUGUGCGGGUCGCGUUUUGCCGCUUCCACACAUGCGCAUGAUGUCAUUGUGAGCAUCUGCGCGUGUGCGAGCGGUGAAACCCGGAAGUAAUGUGCUCCGUUACUUCCGGGUUGCUGCAGAGCGCAACCCAAAAGCACUCAACCUGAAGCACAUUCAACCUGAGGUAUGACUGGAUACUGCCUUUCCAAAGUUCAAACCGUGUGCAAGGUGGCUUGCAACAUAUAAAAAAUACAUAACUGCAAACAUAACAAAACUAGUCAUCAACAAUAAGCAAAACAUCAAAAAGCGCACAGCCAAAUUUCCACAUAAAUCACAAGAUCCAGUAUAAAUAUAUAUUAAAAAUUAACAGCAACAGCAACAAACACCUACCCAAGCUCCCUACAACAACUCUGUGAGGUAGAUUGGCCUGAGAGGCCCAAGGUCACCCAGGGAGCUUCAUUGGUGAGUCCGGAUUUGAACUCUAGUCCAACACUCUAACCACUACACCACACUACCCUCUUUAGCUGCCAUUGCUUUGGGAAACAUUGCCUGCAUAUUAGCAGGAAUAUGAUCGACAAAAGCAGUCUUUGGAAGGAAAGAAAAAAUGCAUUUUCCAGUUAGUGAGGCUCAGCAGUAUGGCUCCUGUAUACAUAUAGAUGAUACACAGUUAAAAUGAUAGCCUCCUUUUUCAGGAUUUUCUUGCCUCACCCCGCCUCACCCCACCCCACCCCACCCUAAGGAGUCUCAGGGACCUCAAGUGUCUUUGCCCCUCGUGAAUUGUUCUUCCGAAUCGUUCCUUACAUCCUCUGCUUUGCUCUGCUGCUUCCAGAGGGGGGGGGAAAUAAAUUGGAAAUGCUUAAACGAAUUUUAAUCAGUGACAUGGCCGCAAAGUUUCAAGAAGAUUCAUGGAAGUGCUUUUUAAUUAAUUUAUAUAGCCAUUGAUCACGCAGGCCAAAGUCAUGGGAAGGUAGGUGGGUGGGAAGCCUUGCUUGUGUAAUUAGGUCAGCUAACUUCAUCAGAAUGUUCCGUUUCAAAACCCGUCUUCCCUUAAGAAUCUUACCUGGAAGUUAUGUCCAUUUCUCACUGUGCUUCUAACCUCAGACAGUGUUGAUAAUUCAGGCAAAACACCUGCACACCUACCUACUAGGGGGUCAUUGGACCUGAACCAGGAGGGUGUAGAAUCAAAUCCUUGCUCAGCUUUGAAGCUUGCUGACUGCACUUCAACCUUAUCUGCCUAUCCGGGGUCUGAAUGUGGGAUUGAAGGGGGAUUCCAGGCCAGGGGACCUCUCUUAUCUGCCCCAUGGAGCUGUCCCAAAACUGCACCCUCACUGGCUGUGUUUCACAUCCCAAGUGGCUGGGGUAUGCUCUUUGACUCUGCCAGUGUCUCUUGCUUCCCUGGAUAGAGGAUGGAGAGCAGUGUUAUAAACUCGGAUAGAUAAGCUAAUCCCCAAAUGGCAAUUUAAACCUAGGUUACGGUUGCCACAACGGAAUGUCUAGGUGCCUUUUUUUUCUUCUUUUUUUUGCUAUGAAACUACUACUAUUUCUUCUUAAUUUCAUUUCUAUACCUCUUUAUAUCUUAAAGAAAAAAUCUCAAAGCAGUUUACAACACAGUAAAACAUCAAAUAAAGCAAUCCAGAAUAAAAGAAAUUCAAGCUUCAAGGAAAAUAUUUCAGAUCCUCCUCUAAGUGGCAUUUUGCUUUCCCCAUAUUUAUUUACUUAAUUUAUAUAGCUGCCCCAUAGCAGGAGUGCUUUAGGAAGCCAGUGUGGUGUAGUGGUUAGAGUGUUGGACUAGGACUUGGGAGAUCAGGGUUCAAAUCCCCACUCAGUCAUGAAGCUCACUGGGUGACCUUGGGCCAGUAACAGCUUCUUAAGCUACCUCACAGGGUCGUUGUAGGGAUUAACCGAGGAGGGGAGUGAACCCUGUACUCCUUGGAGAAAAAAGUGCGAUGUAAACAGAAUAAAUAAGCUCUUCUGCUUAAACCUGGAGGGGCCAGCCAGAUGGAGAUGUCAGUCGCCACCUUGGCAGCCAGAGAUUUCCACAUGGUCGUAGUUGGACCCUCGCCAGUAGCAACACGCGCCUGGCUAAUUUCUAACACCGAGGUGUGUGCGAGUUUGGGUAGAAACUAGCCUACUGUAUGAAGGGGAAAUUUACAUCUGUUGCUCCACCCACUCCUGCCUCUGCUCUGCCCACCCAAAGUUGCCCUGAAGGAAAUGCUGCCCUGUUUCCUGUUGCCAUGUCAACUGCGAGCAACGUCAGGAAACAACAUGGCUGUGUCUCCCAGCAGACUUGUUGACUGCUGGCAUCCGUAGAAGUUUGGCGUCCAGGGAGAGGAAUAAGGAGCAGAGUUCUAGUAGAGGCCUAGUUCUAGGUCAUAUAUGCUUGUUGAGGACCAGUGUUGCGCUAGGCCCAGGGAGACCUGGGUUCAAAUCCACUCAACGGGUGACCUUGGGUCACUCAAAGAUUUAAAGUUGUGAGGAGGGGGGAAUUGUAUGCCCUUCCCUGGAACCCUUGGAGAAAGUGUAGGGUAAAAGUCAAUAAAUAAAUAAUAGCUGGCCCUCUCCGUUUUUUCCCUCCCCAGGCUGCCAGUUCAAGACAUCCUAUGGUAUGAAAGACAUGGAACGACAUUUAAGAACACACACUGGUAAGCAGCCUUAUAUAGCCUUAAAAUGAGUUAUACAGCCCUAAUUGCCCUACCCGCCCCCCUCAACCAAUGUACACAGGUCUCCUGGGCCCAUUUGUGUUCUGCUUACGGGCACAGACUUCACUUGGAUAAAUACGAUAACAUUUGGAAUGAGUUUAUACAGAACGUAGUAGGCGAUUAACAUCUAUAUAUGCAUUAAGAUAAUAACACUGUAUCAGUUUAUACAAGAAUGCAUGGGAGUAUGUUACAUUGCAAUUUUGUAUUUGUAUUUUUUCCUUAAACACAUUUUUGUUCUUUUUCCUCCCUCAUUUCCAACCCCAGGAGUACCUGCAGACUUGAAGUAACCCUAAGAUUUGCAGGUGCUAAAAAAAUCUUGGGGGGGGGGAGGGACUACUAAGGAAUUGGGCAACCCAUAAAUAUCCACUCACACAGAAUGUUGAGUGGGGGGACUGACAACCAUGGGAGGGGGAAUGGAAAGGCUGGAAAGGGGAAGAAAGGAGACAGAGAUGUGAAAAUGGGUAGAAUGAAGCAUCUCAUUGUCUGGAAAGGUCACUUCUUGGUUCAUAAAGGUAAAGGGACCCCUGACCAUUAGGUCCAGUCGUGACCAACUCUGGGGUUGCGGCGCUCAUCUCGCUUUAUUGACCGAGGGAGCCGGUGUGCAGCUUCCGGGUCAUGUGGGCAGCAUGACUAAGCCGCUUCUGGCGAACCAGAGCAGCGCAUGGAAACGCCGUUUACCUUCCCACCAGAGCGGUACCUAUUUAUCUACUUGCACUUAGAUGUGCUUUCAAACUGCUAGGUUGGCAGGAGCUGGGACCGAGCAACGGGAGCUCACCCCAUUGCGGGGAUUCGAACCGCCGACCUUCUGAUCGGCAAGCCCUAGGCUCUGUGGUUUAACCCACAGCGCCACCCACGUCCCAUUUCUUGAUUCAUGCUGAGAAGCUAUUUUAAAGUGUCCCAAGGAUGGAAGCAUGAUUUGCUGAUAGACUUCAAUGGAUAAAUAAAAUAUUGUAGCAUAGCUUGGAUUCGACCCUCCUCUCCAUUAAGAAAAACCACAAUGGAAAGAAAAGGAUCCACCAGAACAUACUCAAUGGGUGCAGAAGGAUAACUAACUAUUGAGGUGGAAGAUGGUGCAGGGAGGGGAUAGAAUUGGGUGGCUGGAGCCCUGAUGGAAAGCAUUGCACACUGCAAAGUUUUGUUUCAGAUCCCACCUGUAAAAUUAAUGUAUUGCAAGCAGAUGCAUUCUCAAAGCUAUGCCUGCCUCUCUGCACAUCCUCAGUUUGCUGGAGAAAAAGACAAAUAGCAUGGAGGAAACCUCUAAAGUAUAAUAAACCCAUGACAAAAAGGGAAAGGGAAACAUUCUUCCAUUAAGGAUCUCUUUGUUCCGUGUAAUGCAACUCAUCUCAACCCUGCUGCACCUUGGCUUUUUGUUGAUGCCGUUGUUUUAGGUGACAAGCCCCACAAAUGUGAGGUUUGCGGAAAGAGCUUCAGCCGCAAAGACAAGCUGAAAAUGCACAUGCGAUCCCACAGUGGAGUGAAGCCCUACAAGUGCAAGCACUGUGACUACGCAGCUUCCGAAAGCAGCAGCCUGAACAAGCACCAGCGCAUCCAUUCAAACGAGCGCCCUUUCAAGUGCCAGAUCUGCCCUUACGCAAGCCGCAAUUCCAGCCAGCUCACGGUGCAUCUCAGGUCCCAUACAGGUAAGGACAGGGACAGGUUUGCCAUGAUCUUGCAAAGCCCUAAGCAGAGAGCUUUCCACAGAGCUUUGCAGGCCAGCUGAUUGGUGAUGUUUGCAAACCCCCUUUUAGCUGUGUUUUCCUGCCCCGAAUAUUUAUAUACAAGCACGUCUCACUAUGCAAACACAAUCACUUCUCAGGAAAUCAAUUGCUAGGUGAGAGUUCACAUAACGACUCUUCAAAUUCCAUUGAUUCCUGUGGGGAAAUUUUGAAUGUGUUCCUGACCAUGGAAAUCUGACCCCCAAAUGACGGAAAACCCUCUGGAACCUUGCAAAAGGCAAACAAGGAAGGAGAAAAUGUUCUCUUAUUUGUCCAGUCUCUCCUAUUCUUCCCGCCAUGGUUUCUGUUGAAAUGGGUGUUUCAAGACUAGCAAAACACCAAAAAGUAAGGCUGAUUGGUUUACAGAGGAGGACAUGGAGGACUGGCUAUUUGGGUAUCUGAAUCUACAAUGUGCAUAGCGAGGGUCCUCGUUUUUGGAUAAGUGAAUUUUCAUAGAGCGAGCAGUUGGAUAGCAAUUGGACCUGCAUGUAUAUAUGACGUCAUGUGUGUGGCAGGUUGACCAAAAUGGGCUCACAGGCCAAACGGGGAGGCCUGGUGGCAGGCCAAGUUGGGUCUAUAAGGCACAGGUUUCCCAACGCACACAUGUGUAUAAAAGUCUAGUGCUGGAUUCAUUGGGAAAAACUGUUAAGAACCUGGAUCACACUGGAACUCCCAAGAGUUGGCCUGCUCAAAAGUUGGCUGUAAGUAUCUCUCACAACCAGAUGUUGCCCAUGUCCUCUCCAGAUGCUGUUCCACCCAUUAUGACUAAAAACUGAAAACUACAGAGCUGCGUCAGGGCCAAACCAGGGCUGUGGGCUAAGCUGCUUCAAUAUGGAGGAUCUCAAACUCAGGGUUCCUAGGACCAACAGCUGGAGCCUGAGGAACAGCAAGCCAGAGCCCCUGGUCUGUUGACCUGGCAUGGUCAGAAGGCCAGGGUGCUUUCUACUAGGGUUGCCCAUCCACAGGCUUUGUGUUGCUUAUCAAGUGCAAGGAUUGAUGCAGCACACCUGUGCCUAGAGAGGACUUCCCAGGUACGUUGAGGUUCUUGGAAUGUGAUGCUCUGCCCUUUCACACAACCCUGAUAGAAUCUCCAAAGGAAAGGCUAUCCUUGCCAUCUCUGCUUAGACUCAGAUCCUGCAGGUCUUAGGCUCGGCCAUUCAGUAAAGGUAAAGGGACCCCUGACCAUUAGGUCCAGUCGUGGCCGACUCUGGGGUUGCGGUGCUCAUCUCGCUUUAUUGGCCGAGGGAGCCGGUGUACAGCUUCCGGGUCAUGUGGCCAGCAUGACUAAGCCGCUUCUGGCGAACCAGAGCAGUGCACGGAAACGCCGUUUACCUUCCCGCCGAAGCGGUACCUAUUUAUCUACUUGCACUUGACGUGCUUUCAAACUGCUAGGUUGGCAGGAGCAGGGACCGAGCAACGGGAGCUCACCCCGUCCCAGGGAUUCGAACCGCCAACCUUCUGAUCAGCAAGCCCUAGGCUCUGUGGUUUAACCCACAGCGCCACUCGCGUCCCGGCCAUUCAGUAGUCCCCUCUUAAUUUCCAUUCUCUUCUUGCAUGGGCAUUUCAUCUUUUACAAAUGAAGCUCUGCAAAGAAAAGGAAAAUAGUAAUAAAUUAAACUUCCUUUGCCAAAGUCAAAUCCAAUAGGGUCAUUGAGGAGGAAAAACAACCGGUGACACAGAUCAAUCUCUAGAUUGGAACAUUAAAUGUACAGCUGACAUUUAGCUUCUGCAGAUCUCUAGAAUGGCUUGGCAUCUGAAAUUGGGGACCAUUGGAUCGUGUGCCUCACCCGGUUUUCAUCAGGAAAGUAGGUAAAAAUUCAAUGACUGACUCUUGCAGUUCACCCAGUGGUAUACGCAGCUGGAAGGGCUGGCCUGUAAAACAAAUUGAACUGGCAGGCUGUGUGUCUUCAUUAAUAAAAUGUGUAUAAUAAACAUUUUACACCCAGGGUCUCAAUUAUUAAGCAAGCUUGUGGAUUAGCACAGUAUGCCACAUCGCAAUUUGAAAUAUCUUCCGCCCGAUCAAUGAAAUAUGUAGCCGGGUAAGCAACUUGCGCCUACUUUUUUUUUUUUUUUACAGUCUCCCAUUUAUGAAGAUCUAUAAAAUAUUAACUGGUAAAGUAAAUUAAGCCAUGUGUGUUGUGAUUUUUUAAAAGAGCUGCAACGUUCACUGAACCAAGGACCUCCUUACAUUUUAUUUCUGCCUUAAAUGGCACCCCGUGGCUCAUUCACUCACUUCUGAGCGUGUGUGCGUGAUAUACACAGAAUAACAAAGGAGCGCCGCGCUGUUCAAGUAGCUUAGAGCAGCAAUAAGUCAACAGUGCUGCUUUGUGAUAUGGUAUUAGCGAUAAUUGGCUACUCUUUGCGAAAUGAAAACCCCGCCGUUCGUAUUGUGAAAGGUAUCAAUACUGUGCAUGUUUGCGCUGUAUUGCUCUGUUGAUUAGGCAGGUCCUACCAGCUGUGGAGGCGUAACGCUACGAAAGCUAAGGCAUGUUUUCGGAUAUAAUUCCUGCAAAUUGUUGUGCUGAGGUCUGUCUUGGCUCCUGAACAUUGGUAUUCUCCAUUUACUCCCCUUUUCGAUGCAUUCCGCUUGCCUUCCUUUUCAAACAGAUACUUCGCCUAGGGGGGGAAACAAGAAUGUUACUAUAAUAAUUAAAUAUGCAAAGCUUGCAUAUCAGACGUGCGGACAAAUAACUGGAGGAGAGCUAUUGGGAGAUAAGGAGGGAAGUGAAGGGCAGGCAAGGAAAUGGUGGCAUUUUUUUCUGGGGGGAAAUCUGUAGGUUUCAGAAUGCAGGUGUCCUGUCUUCCCUCCCCUUCAGAUAGUAUAUAUAAUGAAGCAUUUAUUUGCGUUUGACGUUGAAGUGCUGGGUUUGUGCAUUUGUGGCUGCGGACAAAUUAUGCCCUUCCCCGCUCAAAAGAAGAGAAACCCAUCUCUUGCGAAAGAGGGGUGGGAGCAAUGAAAUUUUAUGGUGCAAAUUGAGAGAACAGGCACUAAAAUGACUGAUGGGGUCUCAGCUGAAAGGGAUCUCGGUGUUGCAGUGGGUAGCGUGAUGAAAACCUGGGUCCAUUCAUUUCAGUGGGACUACGCUGAGAAAGACUGGCCACAACCCGAAUUGUCAUGGCACCUUCAAAGUCGUAAUAAAUUCAUUGUGGCCAAAGAUUUUGUGGGCCCAAGCCCUCUUCAUCAGAUGUCAAGGUAAAUUUUAUUAGCCUUUAGGGCAGCAGUUCUCAACCUGUGGGUCCCCAGAUGUUGUUGGACUACAACUCCCAUCGUCCCUGAGCUCUGGCCUUGCUAGCUAGGGGUGAUGGGAGUUGUAGUCCAACAACACAUGGGGACCCACAGGUUGAGAAAGGCUACUUUAGGGUGUCCAAAGACUCUUGAUUAUUUUUGUUAAACUGUGGGGUUUGCUUUGUGAUGCCACUAGCUUGGAUGGCUUUAGAAGGGGAGGCGGGCAAAUUUGUGGAGGAUAAUGCUUUCAGUGGCUGCUAGCCAAGAUGACAGUAUAUUACGUCCAAUUUUUGAAGGCAAUAUGCUACUCUGAAUACCAGUUGCUUGGGGGUCACUAGCUGGAGACUUCUGUGGUGUUUGUGGGAUUUCCAUGUGCAGCUAUGAGAUGGCAGCUAUGGGAAGAGAAUCCUAGACGCAGUGGUGCUUUCGUCUGAUCUAGCAGGAGUCUCCUCAUGUUCAUGGGCUAGCUCCAGGUUGCUCACCAGAACAAGACGGUUUGAUCAUAUAAUGUCAAUCCUGGCCCGACUACACUGCCUGCCAAUUAGUUUCGGGCCCAAUUCAAAGUGCUGGUGUUGACCUAUAAAGCCUUAACCAGGCUUGGCAAACUCCGGCGCUCCAGAUGUUUGGGACUACAAUUCCCAUCAUCCCUAGCUAGCAGGACCAGUGGUCAGGGAUGGUGGGAAUUGUAGUCCUAAGCAUCUGGAGGGCCGGAGUUUGCCUAUGCCUGCCUUACACAGCUCAGGACCUCAAUACCUUAAGGACCAUCUCUCCCCAUAUGAACCGCCCCAGACCUUGCGCUUGUCAUCCGAGGCCCUUCUCUCCCCAAGAGGUUUGUAGGGAUCCAACAUUGUAGGGAUCCUUUUCUGUGGUGGCUCCCCAUCUGUGGAAUGCUCUCCCUAGAGAGGUUCGCCUGGCACCAUCAUUACACGUCUUUAGACGGCCUGCAAAAACUUUCCUCUUUACCCAAGCCUUUGGCCAUUACAAACGCAAUCCCAAGUCACAGACCAGUGUACAGUGGUACCUCAGGUUAAGUACUUAAUUCGUUCUGGAGGUCCCUUCUUAACCUGAAACUGUUCUUAACCUGAAGCACCACUUUAGGUAAUGGGGUCUGCAGUUGCCGCCGCGCCGCCAAAGCACAAUUUCUGUUCUCAUCCUGAAGCAAAGUUCCUAACCUGAAGCACUAUUUCUGGGUUGGCGGAGUCUGUAAUCUGAAGCAUAUGUAACCUGAAGCGUAUGUAACCCAAGGUACCACUGUAAAUAAUCUAUGGCCUGUUAAAUGUGUUGCAGGUGGGUACUAUUAUUAUGAUUAAUUUUACUAUGCUAUCGGUUUUUAUUCUUUGUUUUUUUAUUAUUUCACUUUGUAAAAUAUGUUUUUAGUGUUUGACACUUCCUAUAAAGGGCGGUAAAUAAAUGAUCAUCAUCUUUCAGAAACACCAAUGCAGAUCCAUUGGAGUUUAUCCUUAUUGUCCUGCAUCUCUUGGUCCAAACGCCCCUAAUUCGAAACGCUUUUCUCACGGACAGGAGACGCUCCCUUCCAGUGCCGCCUCUGCAGCGCCAAAUUCAAAAUCAACUCGGACUUGAAGAGGCACAUGCGCGUGCACACGGGGGAGAAGCCCUACAAGUGCGACUACUGCGACGUGCGCUGCGCCAUGAAGGGCAACCUGAAGUCGCACAUCCGCAUCAAGCACAGCAUGGAGAACGCCUACCGGUGCCUCGAGUGCGAGUUCCAGUGCGGGAACAAGACCAGCCUCCGGCACCACCUGCGCACCCACCAGCCCGAGCAGCCAGUGAAAUGCUCGGAGUGCAGCUACUCCUGCUCCAACAAGGCCACCCUCAAGGUGCAUGAGCGGAUCCACUUCAAGGACCGGCCGUUCAAGUGCGAGUUCUGCAGCUUUGACACCAAGCAGCGCAGCAACCUCACCACGCACAUGAAGAAGGCGCACGGGGACAAGGUCAGAGCCAAGAAGAAGGCGGCCGAGAAGGGGGAAGGAGACCGGCCGAAGGAAGGCGGCUCCAGGCAAGUGGCCAGGCUGGAGGCCAAGAAAGCUUUCAAGUGCGAUCUCUGCGAGGCCUCGUUUGUCCGGGAAGACUCCUUGCGGAGCCACAAGAGGCAACACGUCGAGUACAACGGGGCGAAGAACCCGGAGCUGGCCGUUUUGCAGUUCCAGGUGGACCCCACGAGGCCAAGCGGCGCCCCUAUUACAGUCAGCCACCUCCAGGUCCCGCUGCAGGCUUCGCCUUACGCCAAAGGGCAGGUGAAGAUCAUCGUUGGACAUCAAGUACCCCAAGCCGGCGGUCUGGUGCAAGCGGCUUCCGUGAACAUCGUACCGCCAGCCUUAAUAAGCCAGAACCAAGAAGAUCUGUCUGGCAACGGCCAGUUGCAAAUCCUGCAGCAAGUGAGCUUGCUGGCUCCCCCUCUGCCCCCGGGGUCUCAAGCGGAAAGCAUUUCAAUGGGCCAACCGGCCGUGCUCCUCACAACCCACAGUCCAGGGGACAGAAGCACGCCCGGCCAGACUCUGAUACCCGACAUCCCUGUAGGCAGCCACGAAGCCUCGGCUACCCAGGCUUUCAUCAGCAGUGCUGAGAUCAGCUGCUCCGAUUUGGAAGGACUCAAUGCUUUGAUUCAGGAAGGGGCUGGGGAGGUGACAGUGGUGAGCGAUGAGGACCAGAGCAUCACUGUGGCCACCUCGGUGCCCCCUCCUCCCAUCUUUUCCUCCCCUUCUCACGCCGACGUGCCCAAGCAAGUCUACUCCAUUAUCCAAAGUGGUGCAAGUUUGCUGUGUCCUGCAGACUCCAUACCAGAUUAGUUCAAGAAGAGCGCAUUUGCUCAGCACUCAGUUAGCACAUCAGAUUUGGCCCUGGAUCCAGAUUAGAGUACAGAAGUACAGAAGGCGAAGCGAUCCCUGGUGUUGUGCCAGUUCAUUGCUUCACUCCAGGGGUAGCCCAGCUGUCGUCGGACUAUAGCUCCCAUCAUCCCUGACCAUCGGCCAGACCGACUUGGGGGGUGAUGGGAGUUGUAGUCCAACAACGUUCUGAGGGCACCGUGUUGACUGCCCCUGCAUUCCAUGCCUUACUGCAAAUAGAGCCCCUCCUCUUACAGAAUACAGUGGCAGCUCAGUUCUCAAAUGUCUCCAUUGAUGAACGUUUCGGAACCCGAACGCCGAAAACCCAGAAGUGAAUGCUUCCAUUUCCGACCACGCCUCAGAAGUCAAAUGGCUUCUGCUGUGUGUUUUUCAAUUUUCUCAACUGAAUUUGCCGACAGCUCUUUGCGCCUUGGUUUUCGAACGUUUCAGAACCCGAACGGUCUUCCGGGAUGGAUUACAUAUGAGAACCGAGGUACCACUGUAUUGCGUGCAUGUUUUAACAGGCUUAGUGGUGGUUAUGCUUUUGAGACCAGGGAGCGGAGAAAGUAUGAGAUUCUACAAACGGGCCACCCAGUGAGGUGCAGUAUUCAUUACACACGGUUCAUCUCUUGCCCAUUCCUGCGCUAGAUUGUUCGUUUGGUGCACGACACAAUAUUUCACAGCUGCUUGGUAGCAAAUACUGUCCCUCCUACACCUCUUGCCCCAUUUGAAGGUUACAGCCUUAAAAUACAUAUAGCAAAAAAAGUUGCACUGAAAUUAUCUUACAGCUUCACAGCCAACUCCAGUCACGAUGUUUGUAACCCAGCGAAUUUCAGGGAAGAGUGUGUUGUUGUUUUUCUUCCAAUUCCGCAUUGGCUUUCAUUUCCCAGGC